CGGCCACGGGCGGAGGGAAGGUGCGGCGUGCGACGGUCGCCGCGUCACCACCUGCAGGAUUGGCAGCAGGCAGAGGACGGGGGCGCUGCAGGGAAGGCCACCGCUGCUGCUGACCGCUUUCGACGCCGACCAAAGGUGCGCCGGUGGCGGCAUGUCCGCUUUCUCGGUGGCAACGGCGGCCGACAAUGACCCAUACGCCGACGAGAUGAUCAAGAAUGACCGGCCCCUGAGCGCAGCUGCUCACAAGGAGAGCGAACACGGUUGGCCCCUGGACGAACUCGCCGAGGAGACGAACAAGAAUGGGUCGCCUCUGGAUGGACUUACCGACGAGAUGAACAAGAACAGCGAGUCUGUGCGUGGACCGCCUAUGGAGGACGUUGCCACUGAGGCUGUCAACCAGCCGGCUGAAGAGCUCCUGCAUGCCAAGGCCAUCGUGCCGUCGCCAGAGGCUGUGCAGCCUGAAGCUGUCCAGGAAGAUACAGGUGUGAACGACAGCACAUGGAAGGAAUCCGUCAACGACCUAGUCCAAGAGCAAGUUAGCAAUCUUACUCGUUCACAGGGCAAUAUGCCGUUAUCGCAGGUCGCACUGUUUGGAUCUGUUGAGGGAGGCUCAGACCUCAGUGGUUUGAUGUGGCAAGAGCCAGAGUCCGUCAACGACUCGACUCAGCAAACCCUGCUUUCAAAUGCUGAUGAUGUACCAUCAGAGAAUGAACUGUCUGAAACAGUUGUGAAAUCAACGGAUGUGAAUGACUCCCCAAGGAAGAAACCUAUCGACAAGCCAGUCAACGAAGAGGUCGGUGCAACACUCCAAUCCAACUCCAACGUGCCGUUAUCGCAGGUCAGACACCUUGAGUCUGUUGAGGGUCACACGGAUGUGAAUGACGCCAUGUUGCAUGAGGUCGACAAUGAUUCUGUAAACGAACCCAUUCAACAGCCAUUACAUCUUGAUGCGGACGAUGUAUCACCACAGGCUGAACAGAAUGAAAAAGUUGAGAAGUUCACGGAUGUGAAUGACGCCACACGGCACCGAAUUACCAACGAGCCAGUCAACGAACCGGUCGGCGUUCCUCUCUAUUCCAUGGGCGACGAACCUUUAUCGCAGGUGGAACAGAUUGAACUUGUUGAUGGUCACACGGAUGGGAACGAUACCAUGAUGCAGGAGUUCGUUAGUGAGUUCAUUGACCAGCCGGUUGGAGGAUCCUUGCAUUCCAAUGCCGCCGUGCUAUCAUCUCAGGCUCAACAGCUUGAACCAACUGAGGACCACACGGAUGGGAAUGCCACCACAUGUCAGAAAGACAUCAACGAGCCAGUCAACGAACUGGUUGACGAGCCUCUUCAUUUAAAGGGUGACGUGCCGUCAUCACAGGUCGAACAGCUUACACCUGUUGAUGGUCAAACGGAUGCUGAGGAUCCCACGUUGCAGGAUAUUUUCACUGAGGGGGUAGACCAACCGGUUAAAGAACUCCUGCGUUCGAAGGCCGCAGUGCUGCCGCCACAGGCUGAACAGUCAGAAAAAAAUGGGAAACACACGGAUGCAAAGGGCGGCGCACGGCAGGAAGACAUUAGCGAGCCGGUCAAACAAGCGGAUGCCAAACCCAUUUAUGCUAACACUGAUGUACCGGCAUCGCAGGCCGGACAACCAGAAUCUACUGAGCUUCAUGAGAAUGUUAAGGAUCCUAUUUGGCAGGAGGCGUUCAAAGAUCCCUUCCACCAGCCUAUUGAAGAAUCCGUGCACUUUAAUGUAGAACUGCCGUCAACGCAGGCUGAACAGCUUGAACCAACUGAGAAACAUGCGGGUGCAGAUGACGGUACAAGGCAGGACAGUAUCAAAGAAACAGUUAGUGAACUUGUUGACGAGCCUCUUCAUUCCAAGGCCGGUGUGCAGUUAUCGCACGCCGAGCAGCUUGCACUUGUUCAUGGUCACACGGAUGUUAAUGAUCCUGACGAACUCCUGAAUUCUGACGGCGUCGUGCCGUCAUUGCAUGCUGAACAGCCUGAAAAGGUUGAGAAACACACGGAUGCGACUGAGGCCUUAUUGGAGGAAGUCAUUAACUCGUCAGUCAGCGAACAACUCGGCGCAGCUGUUCAUGCUGAGGCCGGCGUGCCGUUGUCGCAGGCCAAACAUCUUAAACAUGCUGAAGGUCACACGGAUCAAAUUGAUCCCGUGUGGCACGAGGCUGUCAAAGAGGCUGUGGACGAGGCGAUUGAAAAAACCCUCCAUGAUCAUGCCGGCAUGAUGUCAAUACAAGAUGAAGAGCUUGAAGCAGUUGAGAAACACAACAACGUAAAUGACGUCACAGGGCAAGAAACUGUCGCCAAGGUAGCCAAUGAACUGGUCGCCGAACCCAUUCAUGCUACGGCCGAUGUGACAGCAUCGCAGGCCAAACAGGUAGAACCUGUUGAGGGUGGAUGAGGGCGUAAAGGAUGUUAUGUGGCAGGAGGCUGUAAACGAGCCCGCAAACGACUCUAUAGAAGAAGUUUUGCAUUUUAAUGCAGAUCUAUCGUCAACCCAGACUGAGCAGCAUCGACCAGCUGAGAAACACGUCGAUGGAAAUGACACCACAUGGAGGGAAGAUCUCACUGAUCCAUUCAGUGAAUUGAAUAGCGAGCCUCUGGAUGGCGAUCCGUUGUUGCAGGAGGUUGCCAAUGAGGUGGUCAACCAGCCGGCUGAAGAGCUCCUGCAUUCUGAGGUCGUCGUGCUGACGUCACAGGCUGUACAGCCUGAAACAGUUGAGGAAGACACGGAUGUGAGAGACAGUACAGGGAAAGAAUCCGUCAACCGGUCGGUCGACGAACCAGGGCUUGCCAACGAACCUGCCCCACUGUCAUUACGUGAUGAGCACCUUGAACAAGCCAUGAAACACACGGAUGCCAAUGAUAUCUUAUGGCAGAACGGCACCAAUCGUCCAGUCGAUGAACCACUUUUUUCUCGUGAAAAACAACAUUCUGAUGAAGCACAAGCGUCACGUGGAGGUGAGCAUGGACCAAAAGCCGUUCGCAGUCUGUUCCGCCUUGAGCAUGACACAGACGGUAGUUCAAACCAUUGUCAAAGCACAGACGAAUCCAGAACCGAGCCACCCUCAUUCGAUGGAGAGCAUAUUGACAUCGAUGGCACGGUUCCCAUGCACGAUGAGCAAGAUUGGACGGCUGGUCUGGCUACAGCCGGUGCAGAGCGUGACAGUUUUGAUAGUUCAGUGCCAUUGGCCGUCGGCGAUAAUUUGGUCACCGGAUUUGAGCGGUUUGAUGAAAAUUAUCCCGGAGUUGCUGAAGUUGCAUUUCAAGAGCACAGCUCCAAUUCACAAACUGAAAUGAGCAGGGUGGCAAUAGAUGGCGCGGAUAGCCAGCCCAAGCUUGAUCACAUUCCCUCAGUGAAGCAUGUACUCACGAUGAAAAGGGAAUUUCGCAUGAGCAGGUCGUCAAUCCUGGAACUCACCCCAUCGGAGAUGAUGAGUCCUCAGAGGAUCUCAAGCUGUUGGCAGAGAGCGCACAGCAUGGAACAGAUGCAGGACACACCGAUGCAAGGGACGAAAACGUGCUCGAAAAUGUUCGGCGUGCAAUGCUCCAAGCACGGUGCACAAAUGAUGAGAACACCGGUGAUCAUGCUCCGCAAGCCCCCGACGGUAUGCUCACAUCGAUGGUGGACGUGCAGACCCAUGCAGAUGCUGCAAGCAUGCACCAAUCAAAGACUGAAGCACCUCUGGCCCAAGGGCAGGCAGAGAAUGUGGACAUUCUGAUGCAGCACGUGCUCAGUGCCGGGUCCAAUAUCAAGCUGUCCUCAUCCCAAGAUCAAAGUACGAGUGCAAAUGAUCACAUGUUACGAGAAAUUUCCAGUGCACCAAGAGCCGAAGGGAACCAGGUGGGUUCUGAAAAUGAUCUAAAAACCGAAAUGGAGCGGGUGGACUCUGAAAACAUCUUUGUGGAGGGGGCAGCGUCGCAAGGACAGAUCGACAACCUGUGCAUGGACGCGGUGCUGCACUUUAACGAGCGCUCCGAUGGUAAUGGUGAAAUCCCUCAGGAACACGUCCAGUUGCCAACGUCCGAGGAAGAACGCUUCGUUUCAAAUCCCGUCGAGAAUGAGGCUUUUUCCAAAGCAGAUUCACCCCUGACCGCCGCGACGGAAGAAGUUAGCGAUGACGGUAAUACAGUAUCGCAACCGUCAGUAGAAAGUGACCCACAUGGGCUUCUUGACGUGUCUGCUGUCGACAAACACCAAAACGAGGGCCCGAAUGCGGUCGACCUAGUCCAGCCUGCUCUUGCUGAAGGCGCAAUAUUUGCACUUUCUCCUCCAGAAGCUUCUCUAGCAGCGCAAGACAAUCGUGAUGACCGUGACCAUGAUGAUAAUAGCAACAUCCCACAAGUCACACACAAUUCAAGUAUCAAACCAAAUGAGCAUGAUGAAUCGGAACCCAUUUUCACUCAGCAGUUGGGCCUUUCACGCAAGGAAGGUUCUGAUGAAGUUGGUGAUGAAGUGCACGCUAUGUAUUCCGACGUUGUACGGAGCAGGGAUCCUCGUGACGACGUUCUGAGCUCAGUCGGAUCAAAAAGCGACAGUAAGAAAAUCGUUGGGGUUCCGGACUUCCCAGAAAUAGAGCAACAAACGCUGGAACAACACCGUUCAGCAGGAGCAUUGCUUAGUUCCAGCUUCUCAGGUCCAAACGAAGAUGAUGCCCCGGUGCCGACCAUGACAUCCAUGAACCAAGAGGCAGAUAACAACCUGAACCAAUACCCCGCUGCUCUCAGCCCAAAAGACGACCGAAAUCAGUCGAAUCCUGCAAAAGAUGAGUCUUUGGAUAACUUCCAGCACCCGACUGCCGCAGAUGAAUCCAAAAGUCAAAAGUCAUACAGAGGUCAGCUGUUUGGGGAACCAGACAGGCAUGAAGAGGUGCGUGUUCUUGACCGGCAAACAGCAUCGCCCCGGCCAUGGAACCCCGAUGGUGUCGAAGCUCAGCAAGCUGAUCUAACCAGCGCGUGUAACAUGACACCCCCGUUCCGCGAUGAUGACUACUACGAGGAGUUUAGACGAAGGGAAGAGGAUCUGCUGUCAUCUCAAGGGAGGGCCCGCAGUGAAGAGAGGGGCCUUCCAGUUCAGAAUUCGACUUUUGCCGAGGAUUACAGUCCCUUCUCAGCCGAAGACUGCGACUUCACGGAAACCAUCCACGACGCUGAUGUGUCGACAAUGUAUGUUAGUCCUCGCACGGAGUCAGCUGUCUUCGGGACACCUCCGAAGGAAGUGCCGUCCCAUCCACCAGAGGUCGCGCGGGUCAGCUCACCAGUGGAUGUUGAACCAACUCGACGCAAACGCAGCCCAUCCGAGCACGGCAGUCCAGACGAUCGCCAGGACCUCGUCUCGCUGGCCUCCGAUGUCGGCAGCCACGAGUUCAGCAUGGCCAGGAACCAGCCGACGCCUGUCACUCUGGCGGCGGACAGCGAUCGAGCAUCUGACAGCCUGGAGAGCCGACCGGACCAUUAUGAUUUACAGCCCGGCGUUGAUGUUGGUGAAUGUCGGGAAGCAACCGAGCAGGAUGUCUGGCGAACGUGCAUGGUUGCUGGCAAGGAACAGAGGAUUGAUAUGAACGCAAUCGAACCGUACACAAAGGUGCUGUCACAAGGAGGGUACGUGGACGGCGACGCCGGCCAGCCCAUCAUCGUAUUCGCCUGCUGCCACCUGCCGGACAGGGCCCGAGCCGACUACACCUACAUCAUGGACAACCUCUUCCUGUACGUGCUGGCCACGCUAGAUGAGCUGGUCUCAGACAACUACGUGCUGGUCUACCUGCACGGCGCCACCGACAGCGGCCGCGCACCACCCUUCGGCUGGCUGCGGCGCUGCUACCAGCUGAUCGACCGCCGCCUGCGGAAGAACCUGCAGUGCCUGUACCUGGUGCACCCCACCUUCUGGCUGCGCACGGUGGUGGCACUGACGCGACCCUUCGUUAGCUCUAAGUUCAGCCGCAAGCUGCGUUACGUGAGUGGUCUGAGAGAACUCAGCGACAUGAUCCCGAUGAACCACGUGGUCAUACCGGACAAAGUCAAACAACUGGAGUUCCAGCUGAUGAUCGCUGAGCGGAAGAGAGAGCUCCGAAUAAAAUAGACCUCUGUUGGUGAUGCUUUCCCCUGUUCAGGCAGCCUUUUCACCGUCCAUGUUCGUUGAUAGAACGACCUUGCGUUGGCUGAGCAGAACAACGUCCCAGCCCGCUCGCUGAAGACGCAGGCUGAGGCGCGCCAGCCUGAAGACUUCUGGAGCCCGCCGAUCCGUGGCUAUGGCGUCCGUUUGGAGGUGCGACCAGGUGCUGCGGCGUUCACCAUAACUCAUCUUUCCCCCGAGUCCAAACCUUUGCUGUAUAGUGAGAUUGGCGUAUGCUAUUAUGAUGAAGAGUUGGUGGGUAUUGCUGGCUACGGUUCAUGGUUGCUAUCGACACAGCCACUCCACUCUGCUCGCGGCGCGGCAGAGUCGUUCUCCGUGAAGGGCCGUGUAUGGGUCGCGCGCGAGGGGCUGUCUGAGGGUCGAACGCGCAAGCGGCUGUGAGCGGUGAAUGGAGUGCCGCGGGACGGCCUUGCACUCCCAUUGACUGUUGAACGGCGUGCUGAGCGAUGAUGAAAAAUGGCCCGGCUGGAUCACCGUGUACGCCGAGUCAUCCGGAGGACACAGACCGACGCGAGCUAUUGCGCUGGGUUCGUCUACAACGCCUCUGACUGCUGUGACCACUGGCGUGUCGCCUCGCGAGGCAUGGGGCCCAGGUCUCGCGGCGUCGCUGAUGCGGGCACUCCGACUAGACCGGAAAUGCGGUGGGGCUGUGAUUGACGUCAUUCGUGGUGUGAGAUAUGUCGGUCGGGUGUGCUGGUGCGGUGCUGUAGGCGUGAAAGACUCACGGUAUAAGGCAUACAAUACGCAUCAGUCACA